AAAUAUAUGAGAUUCUGAAGGUUAUUCACAUUAAUGUUGAUACACUUCUUAUAUGUCAAAUAUAAUAACACAGGCUUAUUCCUCUAACCUAGACCUUCAUUAAUAAAGAAAGUGGUUUACGCCUAGAACACUCGAGCAGUACAGCAUCAAUAUAAAAGCGCACCGAAUUUUUUCAACAGUAUCAGUCAAAUCAUUACCGACAAUCAACCGACAAUGGCAUUCAAAUUCGUAGUAUUCGCCGCCGCUUUGGCUUACGCCAACGCCGGUCUUCUCUCCGCUCCAGCUGUAGCCACUUACGCUGCCGCCCCAGCUGUAGCUCACUACUCCUCCGCUCCAGCUGUAAGCAGCUCCUACAUCCACCAAGCUUCCGCACCAGUCGCCGUAGCCCACGCCGCCCCAGUCGUAUCUGCCUACAGCGCCCCAUUGGCUCAUGCCGCCCCAGUUGUAUCUGCCUACAGUUCUCCAGUAGCCGUCGCCCAUGCCUCUCCAGUAGCAAUCCAUGCUCCAGCCAUCGGUUCUUCCCAACAAAGUGUAGUUCGUGGUCUCGGUGGUGCUCAAGCCAUCUCCACCUACUCCAAAGCCGUAGACAGUGCCUUCUCCAGCGUACGCAAAUACGAUACCCGCAUCACCAAUGACGCCCUCUCUGUAGCCCACUCUCCAGUAGCUGUCGCACAUGCCGCUCCUUUGGCCGUUGCCCACGCUCCCGUCGCCGUAUCCCAUUCCGCCCCAUUGGUAACCAAGACCGCCGCUGUAGCUUACUCUCCAGCUGCCGUUGUCUCCCACGCUACCUUCUCCGGUCUUGGUGUAAACUACGGAUGGUAAAUUCUUUACAGUUUUGAUUUGUUAAUUUAUUUAUUUAUUUCUGCAAUAAAGUUAUAAAAUAUAGAUGUCAUGUUUGUAUUCUAUACAAUAUCCAACUCAAUAAAUAUACAAUGAGUA